AUGUCACGCACAGCUUCUGGGGGCUUGCUGCGCGGCACAGUCAUUCGCAAAGGAGGUGCCUCGAGUAGCAGCAGUACUCGCAUUAGCACACCGCAAGUGCAGAGCACCUCGACGACCAUAUUCGGAGGUGGCGUGAAAGAUCCGUCUGGACGGACAUCUGAAUACUUUGUGAGCUUGAUACAUGCAAUCCACUGUAUGCAAAUCCGACCGAUACUUGAAUCCGAAGUUGCGUCUCUUGGUAAGCGCAUGCUACCACAAGAUACUUUCGAAGAUCUUGGAGUCGAGAAGGAGGUUGCAGUGAGAAGACGAAUAGCGAAGGAAUUCAACAAGCGCAAGGAGGACUUCCCUGACCUUCGCUCGUACAACGAUUAUCUCGAGGAAGUCGAGGAUAUUACCUUCAACUUGAUCAACGACAUUGAUAUACCGGAAACCGAAGCUCGAAUCGCCGCAUACCGACGCGAGAAUGCCGCUUUGAUUGAGUUGAACAUCCAACGCGAAGAACAAUAUAGUCGUUACCUGAAAGAGCAUGAAGAUGCCGAGCGACAGGAGCGCGAACAGCGCGCUCUCGAGCUUCGUCGCGCUGAGGAAGAGGAACGCGAGGAACGCGAGAAGGAACGCCGCGAGAUCAUUGAUCAAUUGCAGACAAGCGACAAAGAUGCAGUGAAGCUCAUUGCGAAGUCGCGAGCGGGCGCGCUCCGCCGCGCGACCGCGCGGUCAAGCAAUGGCGCACAGAGCAGCUCGAAGGCGCUCCGUCCACGAUUCGCACAAAGUGCCGUCAUUCCGGAUGAACCGCACGUGCCGCUACAGGACGACUGGUACGCAUACGAAGACAUGUUUGUCCUGCGAGACAGCUAUGAUGAUCCAGCGAGCGAGGCGGUACGCCGCGACAGGGAAGGCAUCAUGCGGGCUGGUGGGUAUCGUGUCGAAGAGGCCUGGGAGCGUGCGCUUCGCUAUGCCGUUGCUGGUCUCGAGAUCAUGCCGUUGCAAGGUUUUCAUUUAGGAGCAAACACAUCACCCCAUGGUUCAGGAGAAUCGCAGGCAGUCUCAGCAUCCACUUCAUAG